GUCAGCACAACGAAGUCAUUCUGGAAGAUGGAAAUAAGAACAGCGUGGAGUAUUGUCAAAGAAGGUAAACAUGGCGUUUAAAAGAGCAUUCGUUGUUUUCUUUCUGUUUUCAAUGUUUUAUACGUUUAUCAUGUGUGAAACAGAGGAUAUGGAUAAAGAAAAGACUAAGAUAGGCAAAGAUGUUCUUGAUUAUACAGAAUCUGAUAUGUAUCGCCUUGCAGAACAGUGGGAUGUGAGUCAAUCAAUUAUUAUUGAAUAAUAUAGUAGAUUAAUUUUGUUUAUACACGUGUAAUAUAGCCUUGUGGUUAUCAGUUUAAUUGAUUAUAUCGUCCGGUUUACUUUAAGUGUGUCUCAUAUGUUGUGUUUUGUAGAGACAAGAUAUUAAAACCGAUAUAAAUUUUAAAUGAAAAUUUCCAAGUAGCGUCGCAACAAUCGAGUGCACACACCAGCUGGCUCUACUUGACAAGUCUUUGCAUCUAAGGAUAAACAGUUGCAUUAAAAUAUAAUCUAUGCUGAUGUGAAACUCUAUACUUGGCAAGAAGAACAUUUGACAGGUUUUAAUCUGAUGAGCCAGACAGUCUAUAUUUUGGUAGAUUGACAUGAGCAUAUACAAAUGUUUAUCCCUAGAUAUGCAAACAACUGUUUAUCCCUAUAUGUAAAAUAUGCAAAAUACCCUCUAUGCAAAAUAUCCCUAUAUGCAAAAUAUCCCUUUGUUUAUCCCUAUCUCCAACUGUUUAUCCCUAUAUGCAAACAAUCCAUCCUAUGUAUAAGUGGUUUUCAGUAAGUGUUAAGCCUGCCGCACACCAGAGAUACUUGCUGACCUAACCGUCUCGCAUUGGUGGCUCAUUUUCACCGCACAUAUUGGGAUCCUACUCUACAGCAACCUCCUUGAUAAGAUCAUUUGCAUUUCCCUCCAUUUUGACCAAAGUCUUUUUGUUCCAAUUCUCCAGGAGAAUGACGAGGAGUUUGAUCCCGAAGAUUAUGAUGAUAACGACCCUAGAAAACCUCCGCCAAAACAGGAAGGCGGGUUUGAUCCGUCACAAUUCAAAGAUGAUCCAAUGGCCAUGUUGAAGUUGUCAAAGAAAGGAAAAACGGUCAUGAUCUUUGUGCAAGUUGUGGUAAAAUUUGACAAGAAGGAAGCAGAUGAACUUACUCAAAGAUGGCAUAAUAGCUUAUUUAAUGCUCAGUAUCAAAUACAAAGGUUACAUAUUUUACCUAAUUGAGGCUCUGAUUGUGGUUUACUGACUAACACUUUCCUGUAUUUUUCCCAGACAACCAAUAAAAUAUUUUAACAGAUAGCUGACAAAUGAUGAAACAGUAAUUUGAAACUGACAUCUUACUAAAUAGCUUACUAAAGACUGACAGUUGGCUUGAAUUUUUAACUGUCAACCAACAUCAAAGAACCCCAUUAAUUCGAUUGACAAUUCCUUAAAUCACAGCUAACACCAAAAGGUCUUCAUAAAAUAUAAUGGCACACCAUUUCAAUAAACAUAUUACGAUAUUUUUUCCAACCAAUAUCGAAUGUAAACCUUUUUCUAACCUAAAACUUUUUUAACAUAAAAAUUUUUUUCUAACUCAACUUUUUUCUAACCUAAUUUUUUUUCCUAACGAAAAACUUUUUUUAACCCAAAACUUUUUCUCUAACCUAAAAUUUUUUUCUGACCCAAAACUUUUUUCUAACCUAAUUUUUUUUCCUAACAAAAAAGUUUUUCUAACCUAAACUUUUUUCUAACCUUAUUUUAUUUCCUAACGAAAAACUUUUUUCUAACCCAAACCUCUUUUCUUCAGAUACAUGGUAGCCGAUCGCAGAGCAAUAUUUCUAGUACAAGAUGGCAGUACAGCGUGGGACAUCAAGGAUUUCAUAAUAAAACAACCAGAAUGUGAAGGUGUAGAAUUUGACAAUCAAAAAUUCCCUGGAUUGGGCGCUGAAGCUGACAGUGGAAAACCCAAGACUGAAUUAUAAACGCACGAUGAACAAUUUUAAAGGCACAGUUCAGCCUGUUGAGCGAUGGUUUUUAAGGCACAUUUCAGCCCUGUUAAUUGAAAAAACUAACUAGGAAAAUCAAUUAAGCAUAAUUCAAAAUCAGUAAACUCGAUGUUUUUAACAAUAUGAAUGUUUUAAAAUGUUAAAAACAUUAAGAUUGGUGAUUUUGAAUUAUGCUUAAUUGAUUUUCCUAGUUAGUUUUUUCAAUUAACAGGGCUGAAAUGCGCCUUAAAAACCAUCGUUCAACAGGCUGAACUGUGCCUUUAACUGUAGUUAGCGACUGUUGUGAUAUUUAUAAAUACAAUAAACAAUGAAAAGUUUUAGGUGUUUUUUUUUCAUAUUUAUUUUUUCCAAGCUCCAUCUUCUUACAGUUCUACUCUCCUUCCUACAAUUCCAACUAAAUAAGACUACAAAUAUAAGUUAUAACUCAGUUGGUAUUUAUAAAAUUUACUUGAACUUCAAAAUGAAGAAUUUCAUUAUUUUCUUUUCAUUUUCGCAAACAUAGCUAUAGCAAAUCGACAUUGGGAAAAGUUCAAACGGUAAAACAAGCACUUUACUCCGAUGCUAAUAUCUUCAAAGUAUUUACACAAAACAAAUUUAUAUCAACUGUCUUUUGUGAGAGAUUACUAAACAGAAACUACCAGAAAACGCACCAAACUUUGCACACUUGGAACGAGUUUUUGUGAAUAGUAGGCCCUAAUGUAACUGCUCG